CAGGCCACUAUCGGUGUAGAUGGCGCCAGCCAGAUUUGGUGCAUUGUGGUACUUGUCCGUGUUGCAUUAUCCUUUUCCGGCCUGUCUGAUUUACCUAUGCCUUUGGUUUACAUGUUGUUCUGUGUUGUCAUCACUCCCCGCCCUCUAGCCGGGUUUGUUGCGUCAGAAUUCUGGCAGCUUUAGAGAUGCGCGUCGAGCGAGGCGGAUAAAAUGUAUAGAAGGCGUGUGUUUUCUGCCGAGAUAUUGAAGAUUUAACCAUGAGAAAUAUUAUUGUAUUCGUCGCGUGGAUUUGGAAUGCCAAACAUGCUUAAUUUGAUAUUUGUGCGAGUGAUGGUGAAAUCUCGGUACGUGUCAGUGUGCGACACUAUUUCGCUCUUUUCGGCGGGUGCGUCUGGCCCGAGAGGUUGUGUCGGCUGCGGUGCUGGUUUUGGACAGAAGGUGGGUGGAUAUUGAUCGAUGAUUGUCGUAAAUUUGUUGCUAAAGGAAUGUUGAUUGCUUUGUCAGGCGUUAGAUUUAUUUUGCAUACGUAUUUCGGUAGUUAUAAUAUGCUCAUAGGACGGCAUGAGAUUUCGCCUCAGGUGCGUCAUUUUGCAGUGUGUUCUGUUUGUAUAGGUGCCCGGGGAGGAGCUCGGCCUGUGCGAGCCCGGUUUUCCCCGUGGCUGAGUGCGCCGUGUGACGAGGCCGCGGUACGAGGUCGGCUGCGGCACGAGGUCGGCCGCGGCACGGGGUCGGCCGCGGCACGAGGUCGGCCGCGGCACGAGGUCGGCCGCCGGGAGGUCGGCCGGCGCGAGCCUGCUGCGGUGCGAGGUCGGCCGCUGAGAAAAGGGCGUGGAGACCCUUACAGCCGGUAGGAUAUGUUUAUUUGUUUAUUAACUUCGAGGUGAUAUUUGUAGGGGAAUUGUGUUAGCUAGAGAGUGGGAAGUGUAAAACGGAAAUUGCUGUUAAAUGUAUUAUUGUUUUCAUUUAAUCUAAACCAACAUAUGUUGUAUGUACUGCGCAGUGCGAGUGUCGAUGUGAGCGCUGGUGGAUUCGUGUCCUAGUAUGCUCGCUGACGCCCUGCUGUGCUCCACAGUAACGAAUCAGUUUAAAUACAACUAUUCAGUCAACGGCGUGGUCUCGACGUGCGUGAGCAGCUGAGCUUGGAGUCGUGGACGCCCGGCGGCGGUCGCCUGUGGCGACUGCUGCACCACAGCGUCGGCUGUGGAAACUACAGUUACGGCUGGGCCUCCGUCUACACUCUGGCUGUGCAGCAACGGCUGGGUCAGCUGCAGCCGGCUGCUGCUGCAACUCCGGGUAACCUGCUGCUUCAGCUGCAUCUAGCUGCGCUUGAUACCGGUGAGAUGUGACUGACCUGUGCUGUUGCAUAGGAGUUUGGCGUUCUGCCAGGAGUGAGUCUGGCAUUCUGCCAAGAGCGAGUCAGACGUUUUUGCCAAAGUGAGUCUGGUGCCUUGCCAGACAGAGAUUGACAUUUCUGCGACCUGAUCUGGCACUCUGCCAGAACAGGGUCUGUGUUUGGUGUUCUGCCAGGACUGAGGUUUGGUCCUUGGCUUUCUGCCAGGACUUGAGAGCAGUGACGGGGAGCUAGCUGGUGGGGGUGCACAGUUGUGGUUCCCGUGUGCGUGGGUGCUGACGCUAUUAGUGUUAGAGACGUUGACGUUAGGUCAGUGAUGAGCGCGUUUUUGAUUAACUAAUGUGUGUUGUGUAUUCUUAGCUUUGUAGUUUGUAGGGUGUGUAGUUUUAAGUACUGGCUGGGCGUUCCUACCAAAUCCUGAACCAUCCCUGAACUAUGAGUAUCACUGCACUGACUAAGGAGGAGUUGGGGAGACUUAAGGUCUCAGACUUGAGGAAGGAGCUAGAGGAGUUAAACUUAGAUGUAACCGGGACUAAAGUAGAACUUGUAGAGAGGCUGUGGGGUGCUAUCGAGGGACGCGCGUCAGGUGAAACAGAGAUUAAGAGUGUUAGGACUGAGGCGCAGGACGUGGGUAGCGCAGAGACCCAGGCCCAAGUGAGUGUUGCCCCCCUGCGUGGUGCGGGUGCGACCUCAUCUGAGGGGCCGCCCGGUACCUCAGCUAGCAUGCUGAGGCUGAAACUUAAACUUAUAAAGUCUAAACAGGAGGUAGAAUCGGACGUGAUCAGGGUUCGAGCUCAAGCUCAGCAGGAGGAGCUUAGGCUCAGGGCUCGGUCCGAGCAGUUGGACCUGGAGCUACAGCUAGCGGAGAUGGGGGAGGUAGACGAGUCUGCGUGGGAGCCCCUGAGGGUGGCGGCUGGGGCUAUGGUCGAGACCCCUUCUGUGGAGAGUGAGCUGUCUCCCCUGGUGAGAAGGUCGCUCCUCCCUCCUGCCGAGCUGCGUCCCUUCACUGGUGCGGUGGAGGAAUUCAACCUUUUCAUGAAAGCUUUUGACUCGCGUAUCGCCAAGAAAACAAAUGACAAGGGGGAGCUUCUUUUUUAUCUGGAGCAGUAUACUAGAGGUAAGGCCAAUCAGCUGGUAAAGGGAUGCCUCCACCUGGGAGAUGAGGGGUAUGAGGAGGCCAGGCGGCUGCUGGAGAACCGGUACGGGAAUCCGAUCAGACUAAUUGACUCUUACGUCGGGAGGGUGGAUGGCUGGCCACGCAUCCAGGCUGGGGAUGUGGAGGGGCUGGAUAAAUAUUCACUCUUCUUGACUGAGGUCAUGAAUGCUAUGACCGGGGUGACGAUGGGGGAGUUUGAGCACCCGUCCACCCUCCGGCUGGUCGUAUCCAAGGUCCCCGUCUACCUUCAGGAUAGGUGGAUGAGGGAGGCGGACCGGCUGUGCGAGAGGGGCGAUCCUGUGCGUUUCUCAGACCUGGUGUCUUUCAUCAGCGCCGAGGUGAGAGUGCGGAGGAGCCCGCUCUUCGGUCCCAGGCCGCCCGCUCCGUCCCGUUCCGAUGCUGGUGCGCCUCAUCCUGGCAAGUUCAGGGUGAACACGGCCAAGGUGGGUGAGCCUGGUGGCCGGCGCUGCGAGUACUGUGGGUCGGCGCAUGACAUUGGUAGUUGUCAGGCCCUGAGAGAGAGACCCUGGGGAGAGAGGAGACGGGCACUCAUGCGAUUCCAGCUGUGCUUUGGGUGCCUGCGGAGAGGGCACCGUGUGCAGGCCUGUCGGAGGCCGCUGCAGUGUGAUGUCUGCCGGGGUGCGCAUCCGUCUGUGCUGCACCGGGAGAGUUGUCCGGGACCGCUCGGAGGACCUCCGGUGACGCCGCGCGGGGCGGGUGUGGUGAUGCCGUCCAGCGGCGGGUCCGGUGCGAACGUAGUGAGCGCUAGUCUCGGCCUGAGGGGAGUCAGUCGGACGGCGCUGCCUAUUGUGGCGGUGCGGCUCAGGGCCACGACUGGCAAGGUUCUGGUAACGAACGCUCUGCUGGACCAGGGGUCCUCUGGCAGCUUCUUGACAGAGAGGUUGGCGGCGCGUUUAGGCGUGCGGAUUGAGCGGACGACAGUAUCUAUCGAGACAGUGGGAACUGACCGGAAGACUAUCCCGACAGCCAUGGCCUCUGGGUUAGAGGUGAGCGGCGCGGACGGCGGCACGUUUCAUUCGCUGCCUAAUCUGUGGACUGUCGACUCUCUGCCCGUGACAUUAGAUGACAGGUGUAGUUCCGACGAGCUGAGUGGUGCCGCGCACCUUCAGGGUGUCAGGCUGUGCGAGGCCGAUUCCCCAGUCGAGCUGCUCUUGGGCUCAGACUGUGCCGCACUGAUUGUGGCCAGGGAGGUGCGGGCCCCUCCGAUGGGGGAGGAGGGACUCUGUGCUGUGCGGACCAAUGUAGGAUGGUAUAUCAUCGGCUGUGCCCAGGGGGCAGAUGUGUCGGGAGGGCGACUGAGUGUGAACUUCCUGAGGGUCAUGGACGCGUGUGUGACCGAGCCGGACGCCGGCGGCGGCGAGUGUCUUUACCGAAAGCUGUACGAGCAUGAGUUCGGUGACUUGUCGGAUGAUAGGGAGGGCCUGUCGGUUGAGGACCGUGAAUGGAUUGACUUUGUCAGAUCUAACAUGGUAAGGGAUGACGGGGGACAGUUUGUUAUUCCCCUCCCCAAGGAUGACUUUGGCGAGCUGCCAGAUAGUCUCCAGACGGCCUCCCGACGACUGGAAGCGCUGAGGAGGCGUUUCCGAUCUGACAGAGAGUACUUUGAGAUGUACCGCAGCGUGAUCUCCUCACUCGAGGAGGACGGCUACGCUGUCCCGGUGUCCGACGGACUGACUGACAGUGACCACCCUGUAUGGUAUAUGCCACACCACGGGGUGAUGGAACCCGAGAAAGGUAAAUUGAGAGUUGUCUUCGAUUGUGCCGCAAGGAGUCACGGUGUGUGCCUGAACGAUCUACUGAAGGGGGGACCGAAUUUGACUAAUUCGCUGCUCGGUGUGCUGUGCCGCUUCCGGGAGGGCCCGGUAGCAUUCACCUGUGAUAUCGCUUCAAUGUAUCAUAGAGUGAGGGUCCCGGAGCCUGACACCAACCUGCUGCGGUUCCUGUGGUUUCACGGCUCUGACCCGGAGGGCGAGGUUCGGGUGUGGAAGAUGACGUGUCACGUGUUCGGUGCCGUUUCGAGCGGCAGCGUGGCGAGCUUUGCGCUCAGACAGUGUGCGGAGGAGGGGCGGUCGCAGUUCCCCGAGGCUGCUGACGCACUGACCCGCAAAUCCUAUGUAGACGACGUCCUCUGUGCUACGUCCUCCGUGGAGGGAGCAGUUAAACUGGCGAGUGAUCUGAAAGAGCUGUGUAGCACGGGAGCGUUUAAUUUGACAAAGUACAGGAGUAACAGCUCAGAUGUCCUUCGUCAGAUUCCAGUACAGGAUAGAGGGAAGAGCGUCAAGGAGCUGGACCUGGGCAAAGAUAGUCUCGGUUCUGAUCGUCUCCUGGGUCUCAGGUGGUCGAUGGAGGAUGACUGUUUCUGUUUUCAGUUCCGUGAUAAACAGAAGCCGGUGACUAGGCGCGGCAUCCUCUCAACCGUGAGCUCGGUGUUUGACCCGCUGGGUGUGAUCGCGCCGGUGACUGCUUGGCCGUGCAUUGCUCCAACGACUGUGUGCCCUGUCGUACCGAUGGGACGAGCCUCUCCCUGAUGUGUUGCAGAGGGAAUGGCGGGAGUGGGUAGAGCUGGCGGGUGAGCUCGAUCGAGUCAGGCUCAGCAAGUGCAUCUCUGAUCUGCCAGGAGAGGUGCUUGCCACCGAGCUCCACGUGUGUGCGGACGCCAGCGAGACGGCGCAUUCCGCGGUCGCGUACCUGGUGAGAGAGGUGAGGACUGCGGGUGGGGGAACUGAGCGGUCUGUCCACUUUCUGAUGGGCAAGUCGCUGGUGAACCCGGUCCGUUUCGUCUCCAUCCCGCGACUGGAGUUGGCUGCCGCUGUUCUGGCGGUCAAGAUUAGGCGCGUGCUGGUCAGGGAGUUGGACACUGUGUUCGACUCGUUCAACAUGUGGUCAGACAGCAUGGUGGUGCUGGGCUACGUGCGGAACAGAUCGACGCGAUUUAAAACGUAUGUGGCGAACCGAGUCGCAUACAUUCACGAUGGGUCUGACGUGUGCGAAUGGAGGUAUAUUCCGUCGGAGAUGAACCCGGCUGACGUGGGAUCCCGCGGCUGUCGUUCCGCGGGACUGGAUCCCUGGCUGGGUGGGCCGGAGUUUCUCCGUGAGGGGACGAGUGGGUGGCCGACUGAGCCGACAGUGACUGUGGUAAUCCCUGAGUGUGAGGUGAAGGCGACACCGGUCGCUGCGGUCCGUGUGGAGCCCGAGUGUAGCGAGGGCAGUUCGUCUGAUAUCCUGAUAAGGCACUUCUCCUCUUUCAGCCGGCUUCAGCGAGCGGUGGCCUGGCUGAGGAGAUUCAUUGAUGUGAUCCGUGACGGUUCCUUCCGUAGGUGGUGUAUGAGGAGGAGAGGUCUGAGGCGGCGAGAGAGUAGUGCAGCUCGAGAGCUGAGUGUGUCCGAUCUGAGGGCGGCGGAGCGUGCAGUUCUGCGAUACGUUCAGCAGAGCUCGCUGCCCGAGUUUCCGCAGGGCGGUGACGACGGUCCAGUCCGCGUGAGAAAGGCUAGUGGGCUGAGUCGUCUGAAUCCGCACAUGGUCGGCGGACUUCUGGUCGUUGGGGGGAGGUUGUCCCGAGCUGGCUGUCUGUCUGACGAGGUGAAACAUCCCGUGAUCCUCCCUCGGCGCCACCAUGUGACCCAGAUGAUUAUCCGUGAGACUCAUCGGAGGGUGGGACACCAGGGUCGUGACCAUACCUUUUGGGAGCUGAGGCGGAGGUAUUGGGUCAUAGGAGCGGGCCCGGAGGUUAGACGAGCGAUCCGCUCGUGUGUCACGUGCCGUAAGGUGAACGCCAGGCCCCAGCAGCAGCUGAUGGCGGAGCUGCCGCAGGAGCGAGUCGUGGGGGAGAGACAUGCCUUUUCCUCUGUGAUGUUGGAUGUGUUCGGUCCCAUCAUGGUAAAGGCCGGACGCGUUGAACGCAAACGGUACGGCCUGAUGUGUGUGUGUACUGUGACGCGUGCUGUCCAUGUCGAGUUGCUGGACUCGUUACGUACCGACUCGCUGAUUAACGCCGUGAGGAGGAUCAGUGCUCGUCGUGGGCCGAUCCAGUAUAUCAGGAGUGACAUGGGAACAAACAUGACAGGGGCAGACAGAGAACUGAGGGAAUCUCUGAGGGAAGUAGACAGGAGUGGGCUGUCGCGCGCAGCGCUGAGGUACGGGAUUGAAUGGGUAUUCAACCCGCCUACUGCG